CGCCAUUUUGGUCCGUGUUGUAAUGUCGCUGCAGCGAAUUCGCCCGUAAUAAUUAAGAGUUUCCAUUCUACAUAGUUUGUCGGCUUUGUCGAAUUAUAUACUACAAUUAUGUGGCACAAAAGAAAUGCAAGAGUCAGCUGUAGGCGAGAGCAAUAGUGACCCAAUUUACUGCACCGUGGGGAUACAAGGAGGAUUUAACACGUCACAACGCCACAGCGGCCGAGCGAAGUGCAAGAACAGUGAAGUCUGGCACCUUGUUUUCUUCUGGAAUGGUGCAUGUAAAAAAAACCCACGCGUGGGUCCCGAGGUGUGUAAAUAAGUGAUAAGAGACGUCAGCAGCUGUUAGCCUCAAGGUGUCGUAAAGCGCGGAUCCUGGAUUACACAGACUGUGUGUGGGUUUUGGCCUGCAAGAGAGGCCUGCGCCUGCCUCAAAGCAAACACGGGGCUGACAAGACGAGGAGAGGCACAGAGACGGGCAUCAUGUGCCCCUUGAUCACAUAGAUAGAUCAUUACUCUGCUGGAAAAGUAUAGCUGGUCAUCAGCUCAGGCGACCAAGCUGAGCUCCUCUUCUGCUGCUGCUGUUGCACGUUGACAGGCUUUUUGUCAAGCGUAUUUUGGUCUGGAUUGUUUUGUUACUUUGAUUAUUUUUGUCUCGGAGGCUGCUGGAGCAGCAUGGAGGCAGAUCAUGUAAUCAGCCCUUAAGCAUCUGAUGUCGUGAAGGCCCCAUCGACGGCCAUGUUGGAGCUCCUCCACACAGCGUUGGUGUUGAUUGACCUUUAUCCAUCCCCACAAAGCACCUUGCUGCCGACCUAGCCACACACUGCCCCGACUUCCCUCAGCUCCACCUUCACACAGCCUGGCCUGGAAAAAGGUUUUGUGAAAUGUCUUCUGCAUACCAGCAUCUGCUCUCGUGGAGUUUACCUCAUCUCCUCUUGCUGCCGCUCACCCACCUCUGGCUCUUGACCACUCCCACAGGUGUAUCGGCAGAUCUCUGCCGGGUUACGGGCGGGGUGCUGGGGAUCCAGUGGAGCAGUGUCCUCGGCCUGGGUUGGUACCCUCUUGCGGAGGGGAAAGGUGGGGCGACAUGUUGGGAGGCCUGCUGCUUGAAUCCCAGCUGCGGCGCUGUGUGGAUCCUCAAUGGGCGAUGCGUGCUUCUUCGUUGCUCGUUGAGGGGAGGCUGCCCCAUCUUUCAUCUGCCCCAGCCUCAUCAAGAGUCGCUCAGCCUCUUUCAAGUGCUCUCCAAGGGUCCUUCCACAAAAAAAAGGAGGAGGGUUCGUCAUGCACAACAAGAACCACGAACAGAACAGAGUAGCACGGGAAGCCCUGCAAAACUGGAUACGGCACAUCCGACGCUGUUAGAGCCCAGCACCAGUGUGGUUCCACAAGCAGAACAGAGGGACCUCAGUCACUUAAGCAACAGGACGAGUGAACAUGCCUCAGCUCCCUUACAGCAGAACUCAACCAUUGAAGACACCACUGCGUCUUCCAACGCCAGUGGCAUCAGCACACCCACAGCAACUGCCAUCAGCACAGCUCCAACACAGGCUGUGAGGGAGCUGGUGGUGUCAGCAGGGGAGAGUGUUGAGGUCACGCUACCACGCAGCGAAGUCGAGCUCAAUGCCUUCGUGGUGCCAACACCCCCGGCAGAUACGAACUAUGCAUUUGACUGGCGUCUGAUAACACAUCCCAAAGAUUACAGUGGGGAGAUGGAAGGCAAACACAGCAAGACCCUGAAACUCAGCAAGCUGACAGUCGGCCUGUAUGAGUUUGAGGUGACGGUGGACGGGGAGGGGGCCCAUGGAGAAGGUUACGUCAAUGUUACUGUCAAGCCAGAGCCGCGGGUAAACAAGCCGCCUGUUGCUGUAGUUUCCCCAAAGUUCCAAGAGAUCUCCUUGCCAACAAGCUCUACGGUGAUCGACGGCAGCCAGAGCACAGAUGAUGACAAAGUGGUGGCGUGGCACUGGGAAGAGGUGAAAGGUCCCCUCAGGGAGGAGAAGGUCUUUGCUAACACGGCCGUCCUCACUCUCACCAACUUGGUGCCGGGGAACUACACAUUCAAUUUGACUGUGACCGACUCAGAUGGUGCCCAAGACUCAACACAAGCCACCCUGUCUGUCAACAAAGCCAAGGAUUACAGACCCGUGGCCAACGCUGGCCCUAACCAGGUCAUCACUUUGCCACGUAACGCCAUCACUUUGUACGGGAACCAGAGCGCAGACGACCACGACUCCCUGGCCUACGAGUGGUCCCUCAGCCCUGAGAGCAAAGACAAGGUGGUGGAGAUGCAAGGUGUGCGUACGCCCAUCUUGCAGCUGUCGGCUAUGCAGGAGGGAGACUACACCUUCCAGCUGACUGUGACAGACUCAGCUGGACAGCAGGACACAGCGCAGGUUACAGUUAUUGUGCAGCCAGAAAACAAUAAGCCACCGGAGGCAGAUGCGGGGCCGGAAAAGGAACUGACGCUACCAGUCGAUCGAACUACGCUGGAUGGCAGUAAGAGCAGAGAUGACCAGAAGAUCGCCACCUUCCACUGGAAACAGACAAAGGGUCCCGGCGGUGUGAAGAUUGAGAACGCAGACAGCGCUGUUGCCACGGUGACCGGUCUAGAGGUUGGCACCUACGAGUUCACCCUGACUGUGACCGAUGAGAGGAAGCUGCAGAGUAGCGACACGGUCACGGUCAUCGUCAGAGAAGAGCUGGACCAGCCGCCUGUGGCUCACGUGGUUUCCAGUCCACCCGUCUCUCUGCCUAUGCGGACAGCCACCAUGGAUGGAUCUCACUCGACUGAUGACAAAGGCGGCGUCAGCUACCUGUGGACCAGAGACGACAGCAGCCCUGCAGCGGGGGAUGUGCUGAACAACUCUGAUCACCAAGCAGUCUUGUUUCUGGGAAACCUGGUGGAGGGCAACUACAGAUUCACCCUGACUGUAACUGACAGUAAAGGUCAAAGCAGCACCGACAGCGGCACAGUGGAGGUCAAACCAGACCCAUGGGAGCGUGACCAGGUGGAGCUGGUCUUAGAGGUGCCCAUAACGCAGGUUUCCCACCGUCAGCGUGACAUGCUGCUGCGCCAGGUUGGUGUGUUGCUUGGCGUGCUUGACAGCGACAUCAUUGUUAGAGAGAUCAGUGCGUUCAAUGAGCACAGUACCCAGUUGGUGUUCCUGGUGUCAGGCGGUCCAGGGCGCCCUCCUUUGUCUGGCCAAAGCGUUGCACUCAGCCUGCGCAACAAGCUACGUAAACAGAAGAAUGACUUUCUCAUUUACAAGACGCGGCGGGUGGACACAGUCAUCUGCCAACUGAACUGCUCCAGUCAUGGCGAGUGUGACUCCUUCACACGACGCUGUGUCUGUCAGCCUUUCUGGAUGGAGAACUUCAUCAGAGCCCAGCUUGGAGAUGCAGAGAGCAACUGUGAGUGGAGCGUACUGUAUGUAACCAUAGCAUCCUUUAUGAUUGUGGUUGCCAUGGCGACGGUUGUCUGGGGCGUGGUGUGUUGCUGUGACAGACGUAAGAGCAAAGCACGCAGAAGCAAAAGCCGAUACAAAAUGCUGGAAGCUGACGAGCAAGACAGUCUGGAGUUGCAACCACACAGAGCUGGCCGCAUCAAGCCAGUACCCGCCCCCACCUCUUCUGCCCUCAUGCACUCGGACUCUGACCUGGACAGCGACGACGGGCAGGUCGGGGUACCGUGGAUGGAGCAGGAGCGAGGGCAUCUUCUCCGACCGCAAAACGGCUCCUUAAGAAAUGGCCAGGGUCCAGCUAGGGGAAAGAAGCACAGAGAAGAGCUGCUAUAGCAAAAGAGAAGGUGAAGCUAACCCCUCUCUGCCCUCAAACACACACUCAUCCGUCCCCUGGACCCUGAGAGGAAAAACUAGAAAUAUGUCGCACUGUUACAGUAUAAGGAAAAUCCACACUGAGCCAACACAGAGGAAAAUACUGUUAUUUUGGGAGCGAACACUGUGUUUUGAAUGCCUGGGAAAUAUUAUGAUUCAACAAGCUAAAACCAGCAAGUCCACUUGAUACUUUCCCACCUUCCUCCUGUCUUCACACUGUUCCAAACACUGCCCAUGAGUCCCAUGCUCAACUCAGCUGAUGCUUUUUGUAAACAGCAGACAUUCAUGACUUACAGGAAGGAAAACGACAAAAAAAAAGUGCACGACAGCUUGCACUUCCAGUCUGGUACUGUUGUGGAAUCAUCACUUGCAUGUGUGUACUGUAGGGGUGUGUGUGUGUGCGUGUGCGUGUGCGUGUGCCAAAAGUUCUGCUUCUGAGAAUUGUAUGAAUGUGUAGAGGUUUGUUAUCCGCCUGUGUUGGGAAGGUUCAGUCAAACACGUGGAGUCAAAAUGCUGCUUUUAUGAAGCCACUGGAAUACUCACACACUGAAUGAACACCACUUUGUUUAUAAUACGCAAAUGUUUGAUGCACUUUCAUUUGAAUUUCCCUUGUAUCUGAUCGGUUCAGUCAAACAAUCGGACAUAAUGGUCCUUUCUAACGCUGCAUAUUAAUCCUUACUUGCCAUCUUGGAAUACAUUUAUUAGCCAUUCUGCAAAGAAUAAGCUGAAACCAAAUGAAUUCUUUCCAUAAGCAUAUUUUUUUCUUAAUAGAGUAGUCCUGGAUACACCGAUAUCCACAUACACUAUUCAAAAAAAGGAAGUGAUUUAUUUUUCCCUGGCAUUGCUAAUGUUGAAGUUUGUAUGUGUGAAAGGCGCUUGAACCAAAUGACUUUCCGCUUUGUGAUCACUUUGCAUGCAGAAUGUGCAACACAUGAGCCUGGAAGUUGAUUUCCACAUUUUCAGUCACUGUUAACGUGUUGAAUGUCAAAAAGGGUUACGUCACUGUCUGUGCGAAAUGUGAAGCAAUCAUUUUUCAUGCUUUGCAGCAAAAUCGCCUCCUCAUCCUCGUUAUUUUGUUCACCUGUGCUGCAUUGAAGCCACAGUCAAAUGAAGCGCACCCAAGUGCCGACUCUAAAACCCCCAGUAUUUUCUCUGUUGAACACAUAAAACUGCCCGUGUGUUGAAAUUUGGAAUUGGAUGUGACAUUGCUGGAGUUCACUGUGAAGGCAUGCGGAGAACAGAAGAAAUGAAGGGACAGUCUUUUAAAAAUGUUUUUAAACGAGUGAAGGAUUACUCUUGUGUUCUGUGUGACCUGAUACAACUGGAUAAUCUGGGAAUUAGAAUAAAGAGUUCCAUUUGUUGUUGGCGUUCUGAAGGAUUUUAUUUACGUCAGGAAAUACAGAACCUUCCAAAUGUGAGUACACACCUCACAUUUCUGCAAACAUGUCAACUUUUCAUGAGAACACUGAAGAAAUUACAUGAUAAAGUAGUCGGUGUUCAGCUUGUACAAGUGUCACAUGACACUGGGGAAGGACAAGAGCUCACUGGGCCCAAUUGGGACAUUUUCACUUAAGGGUGUACUCUCUUUUGUAGCCUGCAGUUUAAGACAAAAGGCUGUGUGUUGACUUAUUUUGAUGGAACACUGAAGUUCGUUAAACAAGCUGUACACCGACUACUAUAAAUUGUAUGAAAGUGUCAUUUCCUCAGUGUUGUCCCACGAAAAGAUAUAUUAAAAUAUCUGCACAUAUGCCACUUUGCGCUUUGAAUUUUGCGGCUUUCUCUCUUUCUGAAAAAUAAAUCAUGCUGAACACAACCUAUUAUAACAAAAGAAUAUGCAUAUUUAAGUUAGUUUU